AGGCCAUAUGUGUCUAUAAAUAUAUGGGUACAUGGCUCCUCCUACUUAAGCUACCAUUAUCUUUAAUAAAACAAGAGGCUAAAGCUUCUUUUUCUUUACUAAUAUGGGGUAUUCUAUGUCUAUUGGAACUAUAAUGUUUCCUCUAUUCAUUUUACUUAUAUUCGCGAACUACUUCAUGCCAUGCAAAGCUCAAUUGUCAACCACCUUCUACGAUACCACAUGCCCUAAUGCAAUUACAACCAUUCAAACUUCUGUCAAUGCUUCGGUGGCUAAUAAUACUCGCAAUGCAGCCUUUCUCAUUCGCCUUCUAUUUCAUGAUUGUUUCGUUCAGGGUUGUGAUGCAUCUCUUUUGCUAGGAGGUGCUGAUAGUGAGAGGGAAUCACCAGCGAAUAAUGGUGUGUUCGGCUAUGAUGUUAUAGAUGCUGCUAAAGCUGCAGUCGAGAGCGUUUGUCCUGGAGUUGUAUCGUGUGCUGAUAUACUCGCGGUUGCUGCUCGUGAUGCUUCGGUAGCGGUGAAUGGUCCAUCCUGGACAGUAAGACUUGGAAGAAGAGAUUCUACAAAUUCAAACGCGAGUCAAGCCGCAACUGAUCUUCCAAGAGGGAACUUUAAUCUAACUGAACUCAUUGCAAACUUUGAUCUUAAGGGAUUCAAUGCUAGAGAAAUGGUCGCCUUAUCAGGGUCUCACACAAUUGGGCAAGCCAGAUGUAGUAGGUUUAGGGGAAGGAUAUACAACAGUCCUCUAAAUAUAGAUGCUGCUUUUAACAGCUCCCUUAGUGAAAUCUGCCCACCAACCGGAGGCGAUGAGAACUUACAACCACUUGAUUUAGUGACCCCAAAUACAUUCGACAACAGCUACUUCAGGAAUCUUGUUGCUAGUAGGGGUCUUCUUAUAUCAGACCAAGUACUCUUUAAUGGAGACUCAGCUGAUAGCAUAGUGACCGAGUACGUCAACAAUCCUGCAACAUUUGAGUCUGAUUUUGCUGCAGCCAUGGUUAAGAUGAGUGAAAUUGAAGUCCUUACCGGUACCAGUGGGAUUAUAAGGACUGUUUGCAAUAGUACUGUUGUGAAUGGGCCUGUGAUGUUGAACUCAAAUGGGCAGAAUGGGCAGAUCAUGUAUCAAGAAAGUUGAGGGGUUUUGUGAUAGGGUCCACGUCAGCAUGCAAAUAACCGAUUGGCAGAAAAAAUGUGUGUUUAAAAAAAAAUAAAAUUUGAAUAACUGAUUGGAUCCGUUUUUUUCUUAUCUUAUGUAUUCUAUAUGUAUUCUCUCAUCUUCUUUUCUUGUUGAAUAUUGAUAAAGUUGUCUAGUUCUUUUCUCAAUUGAUUUUAUUAAUGUGAACCCAACUGAUCGAACCACUUCAACUGCCAGUUAAGAAAAAGGAGAUGUAACUUGUAGUCUUGUAACUUGUGAGGUUGAUAAUAUAUCACUGUUGCAUA